AGGUUCUUCGGCAUAUCGCUUCCAACAUAUCGACUACCUUUUACCAACCGAACCCAUCUCGUCGUCGUCGUCGUCGUCCCAACCGAUCGGCCGGACCAUGUGGAGGGUAAAAAACCACAUUCUCUCCGUGCGUUGUGUACCUCGGAGUUAUUUUUGAGCAUCACCAACUUAACCAAACCAACAAUCUCGGUGCUUGUAGACUCGUUUUCUUUGCCGUUUUACCAUACGGGAAGAACAAAUGGAAGGUUCACACAGUUUCCCUUUUCGCUCUGUGUACCUUCCUUUCCUUGUAAGAUAGUUUUCAGACCGAGCGAGCCGAGGUUUGCUGCCCCGUUGCCGAACCGGUAUUGCGGGUAGGGGAAACCGCCGGGAGCGGAGGGGAGGUACACAUAUUAUGUUGAAAAACCUCAACCAUACCUAAACGACAAUCCCGAACCGGCAGGCACCAGCAAACCAGCCAUCUCGGAGGGUAUUAGAAAGGGAUGGCAUCAGGCGCGCUGAGCUAGCAGCAGAGUAAUAGGAGUGUUAAGCGACCCCCUUUAUUGGUAGGGUAGACGCGCGUCGGCCGCGGUCUCUCCGGCGGACGGUAACGUUAAACGUAAUCUUUCUAUUCUACGUACUUGAGAGGCAGACAGAACACGCAGCUCAAUCGUUGUUCGCGCUCGUACGCUUCGCGUGGUAGGUUGUUUGUCAUUCCGGUGGCAAACGGCGGCCAACACUAGCUCAACCCGCAUCCGCACCAUUUGUCAGUUUUGAAGUUCUACUCGGCCCGUCAACAGUUUCUGCGGCGUGCGUUGUCUUGGCUCCGACCGACGAGCACGAACCGAACCUUCAUCAUGUUACCCGCCUGCCUGCGGAGCUCAAGAUAAUUGAUGUUAAGUGAAAGAUAGCUGCUUGCAGGCCGGAAUCCGCACACAAAAUACAGCUCUAGGGCGUGUGAGAAGCUCCUAGGCACUAAAAUCAAGUGCCUGUGAUCGGUGAAAAAGUGUUUAACGACCAGUGAAAAACACAGUGUGCUACUUGCACUUUUAUUUUGAUUAAAGUGAAAUUGGGGAAAAAAAACGCACUCACACACACACACACACUCUUCCGGACACCACCAUCCGUCAUUUUCAUCAACAUGUCGGAACAAAGCGACGAAUCGAAGGAAAUGCUGGGCGAGUACGAUCGGAACCUAUUGGAGCAGUUGGUCGUGAACGAUUGGGGCCUCAGUGCGGCAGCAUACAAAAGAAUGGUUUAUUGCGGUAUAGACGAGGUCAGCUUGGUGCUGAUCGAGGAUUCAGAAAUUAAUGAACUGUUCAGCGAUCCGCGGCUGCUCGGCCAGAAGAUUCUCUUCAAACAUCGCCUUCGCCAGUGGCGACAGGAUCAGCAAAGCUUCCUUAGCAACAUUGCCGCUCACAUUGCGCUACCGAACGGGAACGGUACUGCCACUCCCGGUUCUGUCGUUGCACCACGCCAGUUACAUCCGGCGACCGCCCUUAAUGGCACACCUCCAACGUACAAACGAAAGUAUCCGUUCGAUUUGGAUAUCCAUUCCGCGGCGCAAACAGCUCUGCAGCAGCUACAGCAGCACCCACAGUCCGACGACGAUGUCGUGAGCAUCAAAACGGAUCACGAUCACGGGCCGGUGACUGCUGUUACCCUCAACGGGCAUGGCUCGAAGCGACGGUCUACCGCGGACCGAGAUUCGCCGCUCAUCAUGCCGCCCACCUAUACGGCCGCAUCGCUUUCCCUCGUCCAGCCGUUGGUGAAGCGCAAGAUCGAACCACCAACGCUCAAGGAACGAACGUCCGGUGCUAUCGGCGACAUACCGGUGCGCAUCGAUCGGGACAGUAUGCUGCGGCUGCUGCAAUCAUCGCAAUCGGGCCGCUGGAUAUUGAGCAGCUUCAAGCCGAACGAACCACUGGAACGGCGGGGCCAAACCAUCAUAACGCAUCUGAUCGUCGAUCAGUUCCUGCACUUUAACAUCCUCUUCAAGCAUCGCAUGAUGAGCCAUUACGCGGAUGUGAUAACGCAAGUGUUUCCCGCGGAAUUGAAAGAAAUUUACUACGCGCCCCGAAACACGGUCAAGCGGAAUACGUCCGGGAAGCUGUUCGAUCGGUACACGAACCAACGGUUGCGGCACAAGGAACGGUUGCCCCGGGUGAAGCCGUUCGUUGCGGACGAAUGGACCGAGCACAAGACAUUCGCCGAACUGGCGAUCCUGAACGAGGCUAUGCAGGGUGUACGCAGUGCGGCUACGGUGAACGGGGACGAUGCGACUGGCAGUGAGGAUGGCAACAUUAGCAACGAUUUCCUGCAACCGCUAGCAACGAUGUACGUCGAGGGUGAAGAUCAUCCGGUGACCAGUGGUGGUGGGGGUGAUGAUGGUGGUGCAGUUGACUACUCCACGCGGGAGGAUGACUGAUGACAGUGGGUGGUGGGUAGAGUGAAGCGGGCGGGGUUGGUUGUGAAAUAGUGAUGUGAACCACAGGAAUGACCAAGUGCCAAAUUGAGAUGUUAGGAAGAGCUGUUUGGAAAUAACUAAAACUACAAUAACACAGUGAAACUAAACUCGACGACAAGGUUUUCCGUUCAUGUCGGGAAUGUAUCGAAUAUCAAAAUUUGAUUAAAAGCAAACCAAGCAUUUGGUUGAUAAGCAUUACAGGGCCCUUAAGAUAAAUGUGGGUAGGUUAUGUCGGACGUGAAGAAUAAGCCUUUACAUAAACUAACCUGAGCGCUUCAACACAUUAAAGUAAGUUAUUGUUACAAAAAAGAAAACAAAAGUGAGGGUUCUUAAAGUUAGAGACCCAAAUUUACGUAUGACCCAAUGGCACUCAAAUCUACAUAGGAAGGACAUACGUCUGGCAUGAACGGAACUUCUCGGCGUGUUAUACAGGAUUCGAACAGUACUGCUAAGGAAACAUGACUCAUAGUUAUUAAAAAUGCAAAUAAAUUAAGCCAUUUUUUGUGUAGUGUCCUGACACGCAAGCUAAUUUAAGAGGAUGAAGACGCGAGGGGCGCAAAUGCAUCGAGAGGCGUCAAUAAAUGUAUUUAAAGUUAA